AUGGCAUUAAUUGUCACUUUUCUCACUCUUCAAAUAGUUUUCACAACUGCUGUCCACAACCCAAUCCAAAAAAAUACCAAUGUUGAGCAAGAUGUAUUGUUUUUCAAUGGAACAAAUGUUGGAACUACUAAUACUACUAAUACACAAUCUCUGGAAUACAUACCUAUGGUCAUCACUUCUAACGUUAAUCAAACAUUUAGUGAAUACAUGUCGUAUCUUCUUCACCGCAAAAAACCACUGGGAAUGAAUUUUAGCUGUAAGGCUCCUGCCCAUUUUGUCUUAAAACAUUGUAAUAAGACAUUGUGGAGGACUAUCGAGCCAAUUGAGAAAGCCAGAAUUAUUUUUGAUCAACCUUGGAUCAAAUAUUUUUGGACCUUGGAGGAGAAAUGCAGUAUCAAAAACACAACUGUCUUCCUCUACGCGAAGGAGCCGGGCUCAUCCAAACAACGCUAUAGAAAACCUUCAAUUUAUAAAUUCCAUAUUGAAGCCAAUCCCAAGCCAAUUGAAGAACCCAUCGAAUCUCAAGAAGUCAAAAUCUAUGGAAACACAAAAAAUCUUUUUAAUGUGAUGAUGAAUGCACUCAUUACUAAAGCCCUUGAUGCAAAUCUCAGUGCUCACAUCAUUUUCACAUAUGCGUCAUCAGAAGAUAUUGUGUUCCAGUUGGUUAAGUGUGGUUUUGCUUACGAUUUCAAGUUGGAUGUCCAACCAUAUAAGCCAAUCUUGAUUGAGAAAGAGCUUCUGAAUGGAUUUAAUGUGCUCAAACAAAUCUACUGCUCGACUCCAUCCGAUGACAACUUGAGCUUUCAACUCUUGGCGAUUGGAACCACUCGUGAUGUCAACAUUACAAUGACAUUCCAUUUGAGUACCUCAAAAUCUCUUCCAACCGACGUCGAUUUCAUCUUGUUCGGUGGUACAGUGGCACUGAUUCUUUUCAUCGUUGCUAUCAUCUGUUGGAUCGUCCGUCAAAACCGUAAAAAGAAGACAUAUCAAGUCAACGCAAAAGUUGUUUACCGUAAGCGCCAACAAAUCACUCAAAAGAAGCUCAUUAAAAGAACAGCGACUAUUCCUCAUAACAAAAAUAAAGAAUAA